AUGGCGACAAUAGAUGAUGUGGAAAAAGCCACACCGUCCACACCAUCCACACCAGCCACCAUAGCCACCACAGCCACCACAGCCACACCAGCCACCACAGCCACCACAACCACCACAGCCACACCAUCCACACCAGCCACCACAGCCACCACAGCCACACCAGCCACCACAGCCACACCAGCCACCACAGCCACCACAGCCACCACAGCCACACCAGCCACCACAGCCACCACAGCCACACCAGCCACCACAGCCACACCAACCACCACAGCCACACCAUCCACACCAGCCACCACAGCCACACCAUCCACCACAGCCACCACAGCCACAUCAGCCACCACAGCCACACCAGCCACACCAGCCACCACAGCCACACCAGCCACCACAGCCACACCAGCCACCACAGCCACCACAGCCACCACAGCCACACCAUCCACACCAGCCACCACAGCCACCACAGCCACCACAGCCACACCAGCCACCACAGCCACACCAACCACCACAGCCACACCAUCCACACCAGCCACCAUAGCCACCACAGCCACACCAGCCACCACAACCACACCAGCCACAUCAGCCACCACAGCCACACCAGCCACACCAGCCACACCAGCCACCACAGCCACAUCAGCCACAUCAGCCACACCAGCCACAUCAGCCACACCAGCCACCUCAGCCACAUCAGCCACCACAGCCACACCAGCCACCACAGCCACCACAGCCACAUCAGCCACACCAGCCACAUCAGCCACCACAGCCACACCAGCCACACCAGCCACCACAGCCACCACAGCCACAUCAGCCACACCAGCCACCACAGCCACAUCAGCCACCACAGCCACACCAGCCACCACAGCCACCACAGCCACAUCAGCCACAUCAGCCACCACAGCCACAUCAGCCACAUCAGCCACCACAGCCACACCAGCCACCACAGCCACCACAGCCACAUCAGCCACCACAGCCACACCAGCCACACCAGCCACCACAGCCACACCAGCCACCACAGCCACACCAGCCACCACAGCCACCACAGCCACACCAGCCACAUCAGCCACCACAGCCACACCAGCCACACCAGCCACACCAGCCACCACAGCCACACCAGCCACCACAGCCACAUCAGCCACCACAGCCACACCAGCCACCACAGCCACAUCAGCCACAUCAGCCACCACAGCCACAUCAGCCAGACCAGCCACACCAUCCACACCAGCCACCACAGCCACCACAGCCACACCAGCCACCACAGCCACAUCAGCCACCACAGCCACCACAGCCACCACAGCCACCACAGCCACAUCAGCCACCACAGCCACACCAGCCAGACCAGCCACACCAGCCACCACAGCCACAUCAGCCACCACAGCCACCACAGCCACACCAGCCACCACAGCCACCACAGCCACCACAGCCACACCAGCCACCACAGCCACACCAGCCACCACAGCCACCACAGCCACCACAGCCACCACAGCCACACCAGCCACCACAGCCACAUCAGCCACCACAGCCACACCAGCCAGUGGUAGGCAUCAGUGA